AUGCAAGAUGACAUCUUCAUGCAGGGAAUCUUGACACCUCUGGCACUGAGUCCAGAGCUGAGCAAACUUGUCUUCCAAGGCAUUCAGCUGAGCAACUUCAUUCUGAUAGAUUUCAGCUUCCCGAGAUGCUCAGACCUUUCGGAGCAGCUGAGAGACAACUUUGAUCUGCUGGCCUCGAGUGAGCAGAUAUCCCAGAGGCACUCCAGUGACUCGAGCCAUUUCCAUGUAAUUGAUGAUGCACAUCAGGUUAUCCAGGAGCCUCAAUGGAAGGUCGAAGGUAACAUUCAAGAUUACCCUGACAUCAGAUCCAAAGCUACCCUACAAAAAUUGUCCAAAGUGAUUGAUGAGCAAUAUUCUGGUUUGGAUGUGGGGAUGGAGACACAAGCACACUUGAUGGCUGCACUCUUGACAAGUAAUCCUGAUUGCCUGAAAGACAACAAAACUCUGACCAGACUCAAUGACAUUGCCCUCCAGCCAAAUGGGAUGCAACUAAUAUUUGCUCUAACCAGGAUUGCAGAUUCAAGAGUGCUUGAAGUCAUCACAGCCUGGUUUCGAGAGUAUCUUCAAGAACUAGAUGCAUCAAAAGUAAAGUCAAUAGUGACACUUCCUCCAGCCAUGAAACAAAGUGCUUUUGCAAGUUUCAGUGGCAUGUUUGAUGUCUGGACUGCCUUCUUGUCACAAGAAGGAAAAUGCCAAAAUCCUGAGUAUGUGAAUGAGGAGAUACAGUGGAGAUGUGGCUUCCCUGGCUUCCUCAGCACAGAACAGUUGAUUAAUGAAUGGAAACUGUUGAUGGCCAAGAAAGACACCAAGGAAAGAACUCAAGCUCUCCUUCGAGAUCUUCGUUCCCAAGAAGGAUGUUCCUUCUGGGAUUUUCUUGAGUGUGCCAGAGAACACACCAUUCACAGCAGUGUUGAACAGUUUACAAUAUAG